UUACGUGAGCUCAAUGCGUGUACAUGUAUUCUCUGUUCACGCUAAAGUGAAGGCGUGGGGUAACAUCGGUGGCGGAGUGGAGGAAGAGGUUGAGAUAUCAUCCUCCUCGCCAUUCAAUGGUGUAACUAUACUCCGGCUUUAGACACAGUGUGCGUGGACCGUGAAGGAAGGGAGUGGUCUCGGAGUGUAGCACACCUCGGCUCCGCACGGUGCGGCGGAGGGACCAGGGCGCAGAGAUGAGCGUCUUUCGCAAGAAGAAGCAGGGCUGUGUCAACUUCUACACGGGACACCAGGAGCUGGCCAUCGAUUUCAAACCAGGUGUUGCUGUGAAGUCAAUCCUCGAUGCUGCACUCAAUUACAUCAAGGUAGCACCGGCGGCGCGAAUCUUCUUCUGCUUGGCGUACGAGAAGGACCAGGUCUUUCACAGCCUGUGCCCGUUCCGAACAUUGGACCGCAGUGAGGCUCCGCUGCAGCUAUGGCUGCGCAUUCAUCUCCGUCACAAGAAUGCCGUGGAGCUUCAGAGAGUGGAUGCAAUAGCGUUCGACUACUACUUCAUACAGUGUAAAUGGGACUUUGUAGCUGACCUCUUCCCCAUGGUGUCCCGGGAUAACCAGUUACGACUGGCAUGCCUCGACAUUGCCGUGGCAAUGAAGUCACUUGGCAUUGACUUUGACAGUGCAAUAAAAUCCGGUUUGGAGCAAUUUGUGCCGCCAUCAUUCCUCAGCUUGUACAAAACUAAAGAGGUGAAACGUGUUCUGUUGGAGAGUCUGGGUAACUUUGCAUCGCUGCAACCCAAUGCCUGCAAGGUGCACUACGUGGAGAUCCUGGAAGCCACAUCAGGCUUCUCAGCGCAUGGCUUCAAGGCAAGCAAGGACGUGCUGACCCAUGCCGGCAAAACCAUACAGGAGCCAGUGGAGGUUUGGAUCAUGCCAGGCCAAGGUAUUCUAGAGCUAUCGGCAGCUGUUGGCGCCACGGACAGGAGGCUGGUGUCAGACUGGGGAAGUCUAGCUGGUGUCAAUAUAGUGUCUACGAGUAAAGGUGGUUCUGUCAUGCAGAUCACUGUGCUUGGUAGUCGCAAUGAGGCAUACACAUUUGAUGUUCCGAGAGCGGCGGAGACAUGUGCUGUGCUGAUGGAUGCGUAUUACCGCCUGCUUGCCAAUCCAGCAAAUUGUGUUCUGCAGGGCCUACUGGCCCCGGUUCCGAACUCCUUCAAGCCUGAUUUACCGAAGCAGAAGAGUGUUGUUCCUCGGUUCUUCACGCACGGACCGAUUACACGUGACCAGGCACUCAAGAUCCUCCAGAAGGAUGGCAUGGCAGAUGGACUGUACCUUGUUCGGGAAAAUUCCAGAAACCCGGGCUGCUAUGGCCUGUCGUUAGCGUACAAAGGAGAUGCCAAGCACUACUUUAUUGCCAAGAACGAAGACGCAAAGUAUGCCAUUGAAGGAGGUGUUGCUUGGUCGACCUUGCCCGAUCUCCUGGAACACUACAUGAAGAGUCGUGAUGGUCUAUGCUGUCAGCUAGGAAAGAUCGUCCUGCCAGCACAGCACAAUGUUCUACCAAAACCACCAUCAGAGCCAAGUACCCCAACCCAAGCUGCACCUCCGUCCCCCGCUAUGCCGCUCGGCCCGUAUGAAAUUCCAUUUGCAGCUCUAGAUCUGCAGGUUGUUCUUGGACAGGGUAUGUUCGGCACCACUCACCUUGCACAAUGGAAGAAAUCCGCAACAUCGCCCACACCAUGCGUUGCCAAGUCCUUGCACAGUUUGAUGCCGUUCCUACAGCAUCACAUUGCUGGUCAGGUACAGACGCUGUGCAAGCUAAAGAACAAUGCAGUGUGCCAGCUGUUUGGUGUAUGCCAUAGCACUGGCUCGGAGAUGACCAUGCUGAUCUACGAGAAAGUGAAGGACGGUGCACUGGAUAUUUAUCUAAAGAGAGAAAGUGGUUCACUGGCUAAUGCUCCACAGCAACUAAUCAAGUACUGUUAUCAGAUAGCUGAUGGCAUGGCAUUUCUAGCUGGUGAAGGUGUUGUUCACGGUGGGUUGAAGGCACACAGUGUGCUGGUGGCAAACCGUGACUCAUUACGGCUCAGUGAUGUUGGACUACUGCAACAGAUCUCUAGUAUGGACACCAAUUACAUGCUGACUGGUCCCGGAAAGUCGCAAGUCCCAUGGCUGUCUCCAGAGUGCCUGUCAGCCAAGCCACUCACCCUGCAGUCGGAUGUGUACGCGUGUGGUAUGACACUGUGGGAGGUGUUCACGCUAGGAGCACAGACACCGUUCAUGGGAACUGCCGAGUCUGCAAUAGCCAGUGCCAUCCAGAAAGGACAGCGGCCACCUUCACCAGGACCGCUGUGCUCCGACGAGGUGUUCAAGAUCAUUGGCCAGUGCUGGCAGGCAUCAGCUGAGAGUCGGCCAACGAUUGCAUCUGUGCGCUCCCAGCUUCGAGACUGCGUGAAAGUACCAGAGCUUACGCGGCAUACGUCCACACGCAGCCAGGACUCGCCCAGGUCAACGGGAUCAACAGGAUCACGACGCAACACGAGCAGCAGUCAAGUGUCAACAGACGCAUCCACUGUUCUUGCUCAGGCGGACGUCAUCAAUGCUUCCGACCUUAAGUUCGGCCGAGAUCUUGGCAAGGGUCAGUUUGGAUUUGUCAAGCAAGCAGCUUGGCGGAGAUCUGAUGGAUCUAAAGUGCAGGUGGCAGUCAAGAGCCUGCAUUCCUCCGCCACGCCCGAACAGCGACAAGAGUUCUUCCGAGAAGCAAAGACUAUGAUUGCACUGGACAAUCCGCACAUUGUGCGUCUUCUGGGCAUUUGCACAGACAAUGAACUGCUGCUGAUUACAGAGCUUGUUCCGCUCGGAGCACUGAACUCCUACCUAACACAGGAUAAUGUGAAACGCUCUUGCAGAGCUCCCACACUGACCUCCUUUGCUCUGCAGAUCGCCAAGGGAAUGCAAUUCCUGGAAAACAAACGCUUUGUUCACCGUGACCUGGCUGCCCGUAACAUUCUGGUAGCCGAUCCGCAGACGGUGAAAAUCACCGACUUCGGACUGUCGCGUAUGUUCAAUGAGAGCGACUACUACACAGCUGGUGCAAUGGGACUCUGGCCUGUAAAGUGGUAUGCACCGGAGUGCAUGUACUACAAGAAGUUCACCAGCUCCAGUGAUGUGUGGAGUUUCGGCGUUACCUGCUGGGAGCUAUUCAGCUACGGACAGAAGCCAUACAAGGGCAAGGGUGGACAGGAGGUAUUGGGACUGCUGGAGGAAGGUCAUCGAUUAGAUCAGCCAGAAGAAUGUCCUGCCAAAGUCUACGCUGUAAUGCAGACCUGCUGGCAGUAUAGACCGGAUGAUCGGCCAACGUUUGCACAACUUGCACAGCAACUGUCGCUUCUCUAAAACCACCCUAAACGCCGUACUGGCAAGUGAAAGAUAUCCUAGUAGAUUCUUAGGUCGUAAAACCGACAGCCAUGCCUGUUUCUGACCAUAUGAAUGCUACCUGUGUGAUGUUGCCAACUUGAAAAUACCUAAUCCAUAUCCUGCCCCCCCCCCCCUCCCCUUGCCCCUUUUAUUGUUCUUACGCUUACUAUGCAGUUGAUCUGCUAUGCUUUCAACAUUUAUUUGUAGAAUAUAAAUAACAGUCGCCCCGGCACAUCAUCAUACACGUGUCGUUAUUGUGUGAAAUUGAGAAUGCUCUUCUGGCACCUCAAUCCACAUCUUUUUUUUUAUUGGUGAAAAUCUCUAAUUUCUAGACAACGAAAGAAGAAAAGAACCUUGUUGUUGGUGCAUUGUCACAGCUGGACUGUGUGCAUACUUAAUUACUUUAACUCAAAACUGUUUUGUGAAAUUUACUAUUUACUAAAGUAACAUUUUCAUUUUCACAAUUUCA